CCACACACAUGACACUGAUGAGUACAGCUCAGUUUAAAAGAAGGAGUUAAAGCAGAGAAGGGGGUGGGUGUUUUAGGAAAGUGAGUGUAAGCACAAAGUAGGUAUUAGUUACAUUAAAAGAGCCAGGAAAGUAAUGAGUCAAAGAAGUGACUCAGAAAAAACAGGGUAGAGAGGGAAUCACAAAAGGUUCAGAUCUGAUAUACAGCAGGCACCAAAAAGUUUGGAGGCCCAAGUGAAUGUGUUUGUCUAUGUACUUGCAUAGUCGUGUUGAACCCAAAGCAGAUCAUAGGUCUCUUCUGUCUGGAAUGGCUUGAUGACAUCUUUACCCCCACAUGAUCUUAAAAACUUCUUAAUGUAUGUGCCAAGUGACUUCAUCAUAAAUAUGAAACUUUCAGUUACCAGAGCAAGCAAGAACUUGACUCACGCUAGGAAAACCCAGUCCAUGCGCCUGGCCCAUGGAUGGAGAAGAAUGAAAGCCUGCUACCAAAUGAAUGAAAAUGAGAGUGCCCCAGCUACAGCAUCCAGGAACUCUACUGAAGGAGACACUUUUCCACACAAAGAAGGUCGAGAGAGUCCUCCGGCAUUGUGUAGUGACAAGACCCCUAAAGUAUCACUAGCUGGGAAUUUCUCCUACCACCCCCAUGGCCUUGCUCUCAUUCCUGAGACGAGGGAAAUCAAAGCCACGGGUGCCUUCAUGCAAGGGAGCCUUUCAAAAACCCAACAAACUUCUUCAUCAGAACUACGAGACCUUGCUGGAGACAUGCUUGAAGAAUAAAUGCCUGUUCAAGGAUGAGAACUUCCCAGCUGACCUUCGUUCCAUUGGAAUGGGAUCAUUGCUGCAGAAACUGCCCCCAAAGCUACAGUGGAAGAGGCCACAUGAGCUGCAUAAAACUCCAAUAUUUUAUACUGCAAACACAAGACGGCUUGAUCUCUGCCAAGGAUUGGUUGAAAACUGCUGGUUCCUGGCCGCGUUGGAAGCGCUGACGUUCCACCAAGACAUCUUGGCCGUGGUCGUGCCGCAAAACCAAAGCUUUGAUAGGAAGUACGCUGGCAUUUUCCAUUUCCGGUUUUGGCACUUUGGCGAAUGGGUUGAUGUGGUGGUCGAUGACCGACUGCCAGUGAACGAGGCUGGUCAGCUGGUUUUUCUCUCCUCCGUUUGUAAGAAUCUCUUCUGGGGAGCCCUUUUGGAGAAGGCGUAUGCCAAGCUCUAUGGCUCCUAUGAAGAUCUGCAGAUUGGACAAGUGUCGGAAGCGCUGGUGGAUUUUACAGGCGGAGUUAAUAUGACAAUAAAACUGGCAGAGGCUUCUCCUGAACUGUGGGAUAUACUGACAAGAGCAACCUACAGCAGAUCUCUCAUGGGUUGCCAGACGCAUUUAGGGACAGCCAGGGUCCUAGAGAACGGGCUGGUGGCUGGCCAUGCCUACACAGUCACUGGUAUUAGAAAGGUGACUUGCAAAUAUGGACCGGAAAAUUUAGUGAGACUGAGAAAUCCAUGGGGGAAAACUGAAUGGAAAGGAGACUGGAGCGAUAGCUCUGGGAACUGGGAGCUGCUCAGCCCGAAGGAGAAGAUUUUGCUGCGGAGAAACCAAGAUGAUGGAGAAUUCUGGAUGUCUCUGCACGAUUUUAGGACCCACUUCGUAGAUCUGAUGAUCUGUAAAUUAACUCCCGACCUGAUGAGCCCGGAGGAUGGAAAGAAGUGGAUGUAUUCUCUGCAGAUUGGGAGAUGGGUCAAAGGAAGCACGGCAGGCGGCAGGAUGAGGCCCUACAAAGACACGUUUUGGAUGAAUCCCCAGUACUGGCUGGAAGUUUUGCAGGGUGACGGCAGCAAAAGGUCCCUGCAUUCCUGCAGUGUGCUGGUGUCCCUGAUCCAGAAACCCAGCAGCAAACACCGAAACCGGGCCCCUCACCUCUCCAUAGGGUUUUCCAUCUUCAAGGUGGGCCCAGAGUACCACAAAAGCAACAAAAGGCUGGCACCAGUGUUCUUUGCCAGGAACCCCUCCGUCAAUCAAAGGCAUCUCUUCCUGAAUGAGCGGGAAGUGACUCAGGAUUUCCGGCUGCAGCCUGGGGUCUAUGUCAUCGUCCCCUCCACCGCGGAACCCCAGCAGGAGUCCGAGUUCAUCCUGCGGGUCUUCUCCAGGAAACACGUCCUUCGUGAAAUGGGCGGAAAUUCAAGUUUCAUCCUUUCCAAGGAAAUAAUUGAUAAACAUGAAGGCAAGAUUUGGGAGGAUUUCUUCAAUAAGCAUUUUGAACAACAUCCUGAAAUAAACGCUGUGCAACUCCAGAGGAUCCUGAAUAACGUUGCCUGGACACAUCUCCAGAGCUUUCGGCUGAGGUUUAGUCUGGAUGCCUGCCAAGGUAUCCUGGCACUGCUGGAUCUUAAUGCCACUGGCACACUGAGUAUUCAGGAAUUCAGGGUCCUGUGGAAGAGGCUGAUUUUCUAUCUGGAAGUUUUCCAGAAGAAAGAUGUUGAUAGAUCAGGAAAUCUGGACUUAGUGGAAUUGCAUGCAGCUGUGCAGGAGACAGGUAUUUCGCUCAGCAACGAAGUCUGUAACCUAAUGGCGAUUAGAUACGGCAACCCUGACCUGAAAAUCAGCUUUGAGAGCUUCGUCUGCUUCAUGCUGCGAGUGGAGAUCAUGGGGGAGGCCUUUCGGAACUUAACUACAGACGGCAAAGGGAUAUAUCUCCAGGAAGCUGAGUGGAUGAUGAUGACUCUCUAUUCCUAAAGCAAAGCAGCGGAGGAGGAAGGAGUUGGACUUAGACACACUGGCUCCUCCCAGGACAUGGAGGGUUGUUCCUUAUCAACUUGUUAUACAUGCUGGAUACUUUGGGCCAAUCCUGCAAUCCCCACUCAUGUGAGCAGUCCUCGGUCAGCCAGUGGGGUGGCUUAAAUGCGUUAGGACAACCGAAGUGAUUACAGGUUGCUGGAUCAGGCUCUUUCCAUAUGGAUAGAUUUUAUCCCAUGAGGAUCUACUUUUAUGAAUAGGUUGGAUCUAAAGACCCGAGAUGCGGUGAAAUGAAGAUUGGCUUUUAUUUUUAAUGCAUCAUUUCAAACACCUCUGAGAAUCCGCUCUUAGAAUGGGACUACAGAGUUGUGGAUUCACUGAGAGACCAGAGUGACACGUAGUUCUUAUAACUAGCGAAGCUACCAGGAUGAAAAGUCCCAUAUUGGAUGCCCUGAAUCUGUAAGGCUCCCCAUAGUUUUCAGGUUGAUUGUAGUUGGACACUUACAAUUAGUAAUAGAUGUGUAUAUUGUGGUAAUGCCCAAAGGCUCCAGCUAGGACUGAGCCCACACUAUGCUGGGUGAUGGACAAACCUAGAAAAGAGACGAUCCCUGCCCCAAAUGGCUUAUGUGCUAAAGAUGCAAACACAUUCAAAUUCCACAACCCCUCCAGGUCCCUUCCUCCCUCCAAGGGUAGAAAGACUCACUGAAAACUAUCAAUGAGUUUGGAAGCUGAAGUCUAAGCUUUAGGGCCAGAUCCUCAGGUGGAAAUUGAAGUCAAUUGACCUAUGCUCAUUAUGCCAGUUGAUGAUCUGGCCCCCUUAUUGGUUGUUUAGGGCUGAGACAUCAUUGUUUGCAUAAGAAGGUGGGUAAUGACAGGACUUUUUGUUGCUUUGGGCAAGUUACUGAUCUUCUCUAUGUCUCAAUAUCCCCAUUUGUAAUAACUCAUCCACCUUGCUUAAAAGCACUUUAAGAUUCUUGAUGGAAGACAUUGUAUGCAUGCAAUCAGUUAUCACAUAUACCACCAUCGCAGUUUUCAUAUACAAUGACACAGUAACAGACUCUAAGGUCCGGAAACAGGUUUUUCUUCAUGAGAAGACUUUCAUUAGUAACGAAUAAUAAUAUCUCCAUGAAUUACACAAAGCACCACUAGAUGGUGCUCCAUCCUUACAGGGAAGACUGCCAGUCUUACAAACACAACCAAAGAAGUAUGAGAUCCUGAGAAAAAUGUUUUCCCUUAGGAAAUACAGCUGGCUGGCUGGCUGGAUAUUUAAAAUGACAAGGUAUAAGGUAUCCUUUUCCUUUUGCAGCUUAGGAAAAGUCAGCUGUGGGGUGGAUCAAGAGCCCGGUGAUGGGAUAUGAAAUACAAUAUUGCCAAACCCAAACAUUCGUAAGGGCCAGCUCCCCCAAAAUCAUGAUUGGCUUAAAAUUCAUGAGAUUUUAAAAAUAGUAAAAGUUGGGUCCUUUUAAUUUCUUUUUGGGUCUUGGGGCCUUAAGGGUCACUGCCUCCACAAUGAGGGAUAGAAACUUCCUUGGUUUGAAAAAUGAAAGUU